ACAUGACGGAUAGUUACAAAAAUUUAGUGAUUAAGAUUUUGUCUGAGAUGCUAUGGAGUUUGAUUCAUGUAAACCCACGCUUUAUCCUCAAAACAGAUGACGAUGUUUAUGUUCAUGUUCCUCGACUGCUAUCAUGGCUGGAUAAUUAUGCAAAUAAUAAUUAUGCAGGGGAUAAAUUAUACGGUGGUUUCGUUAGUGGUGACAAUGGUCCAGUAGUACGAGCAAAGGAAUCGAAACACUGCGUUGCUAGAGACUGCCUAGCUGAAGAUUUUUAUCCUUCUUACUGCAUAGGUGCGUUUUACAUUAUUUCCACGGAUGUUCUUCCUUCUAUACUAGAAGCAGUAGAAAGAAGACCUGUGUUCCCUGUCGAAGAUGCCUACAUAGGUGUCUUAGCCAAAGAAAUUGGCCUUCAACCGGUGGAUAUACCCGGUUUUUAUUUCAGGAAAAAAUUGGCAGACUAUCAAAGGUGCGAUUUUGCUUCGGCAAUGGCUAUAGGGCAUAGUUUUAAAUUGAUGGAGUUUUUUUUUGUGGCAGAGAACAUGGAACAGACAAAACAACUUCCAGAAAGUUAUUUGAAAUGUUUAUUGAUGUAUGAAUGGGUGGGUUUUAUAUUUCUUUUAAUAUCCCUGAUUAUUUUGGUUUUUCUUGCGAUUGUUUUUUGUAAAAUUGUGAUCACAGCUGAGAGGGUAAAUAGUGCUUUUUGCGCGCUCUGACUGGCUAGAUAGGGUGUGAUAAGCAAGUAUUACAUAUCUACCUCCGAGCACCCGAAGAGAUAAAAUCACGCGUCAACAAUUUAUUAAAUUUGAUACAAGGCGAUAAAACAGAUAGCUAAUGUUUGAGAAUAAAAGACAAAGGUGUACUGGGAAAUACUAAAAAGUCAAUGUGUAACACAAUGAACGUUUUUGACGGUGAAGAGGCUAGUUAAUACAAAAAUCUUCAUUAGGCUUCUUUGCUGUAAAUAUCCACGGCCAAGCGGUUUACACAUCCCAGUUACAGGUAGACGGUAGGAUCUGGGUCCAAGAUUAUAUUCAAGUAUAUGACAAAUUAAGGAUAUCUUUAAUUACGAAGUCAUAGAUUACUAUUAUACAACUGCACUAAGUAAGGUAAAGAUAAUGCGCGAAACGAGUGCAUUAUUUUGUUUUAGUCGGGGAGGGGGGGGGAUAUUUGGUCACGUGAUGCGUUUUGACCAAUCGUGCACAAGCAAAAAUAAAUGUUUGAUUUUUAGCCACGAUAGUGUACGGUUAUUUGUUUUAAUGCAAAAUA